UCCGGGACGGUAGCGGCGGCGGCGGCAGCGGCAAGCAGGAGGCAUGUCCAAGGGCCCGGUGGCGAGCGGCCCCGCCGCGGCCGGGCCGGCGAGCGCCGCCAGCGCGCUGCAGGCGCAGCCCGAGAAGCCGCAGCACUACACUUACCUGAAGGAAUUCCGCACGGAGCAGUGCCCUCUUUUUGUGCAGCACAAGUGCACCCAGCACCGGCCCUACACUUGUUUCCACUGGCACUUUGUCAACCAGCGCCGCCGCAGGUCCAUCCGCCGCCGGGACGGGACCUUCAACUACAGCCCUGACAUCUACUGUACCAAGUAUGAUGAGACCACGGGAAUCUGCCCAGAAGGAGAUGAAUGUCCCUUCUUGCAUAGAACUACUGGGGACACAGAGAGGAGGUAUCACUUGCGCUACUACAAAACUGGAAUCUGCAUUCAUGAGACAGACUCCAAGGGAAACUGCACCAAGAACGGGGUGCACUGCGCGUUCGCUCACGGGCCCCACGACCUGCGCUCCCCGGUGUACGACAUCAGGGAGCUUCAGGCGAUGGAGGCUUUGCAGAAUGGUCAGACUACAUCAGAAGGUGGCAUAGAGGGUCAGUCUGCAGUUGCUGCUAGCCAUGCUAUGAUAGAGAAAAUACUCAGUGAGGAGCCAAGGUGGCAAGAUACUACGUAUGUGUUGGGAAAUUACAAGACAGAGCAGUGUAAGAAGCCCCCCCGUCUCUGCCGCCAGGGUUAUGCCUGUCCCUACUACCACAAUAGCAAAGACAGAAGAAGAAGCCCAAGAAAACACAAAUACAGAUCUUCACCAUGUCCCAGUGUGAAACAUGGAGAUGAGUGGGGAGAUCCCAGUAAGUGUGAAAAUGGAGACUCAUGCCAAUACUGCCACACUCGCACAGAACAGCAGUUCCACCCAGAGAUCUACAAAUCCACCAAAUGCAAUGAUAUGCAGCAGUCUGGCAGCUGUCCCCGAGGACCCUUCUGUGCCUUUGCACAUGUAGAACAGCCUGCUCUCAGUGAAGAUUUACAGCAAUCCUCAGCUGUCUCGAGCCCGACGCAGACAGGCCCUGUGAUGUACAUGCCCUCGGCAGCUGGUGAUUCUGUUCCAGUCAGCCCCUCCAGUCCACAUGCCCCAGACCUUAGCAAUGUGUGGAAUAAAUCAGGAACUCUGCCAACUAGCCCCACCUCCACCACAAUUCUUUGUAGGAACAGCAGCCUCGGAAGCCCAUCUAAUAUAUGUGGGUCUCCUCCUGGUGCCAUUGGGAAGCCCCACAGCUUGGAGACCAUUGGUUUUCCUCCAGACUCAGUAACAGCAGCCAGCAGCUACAAGAAAGCACCGGGGUUUGAGCGAGAAGAUCAGGUGGGGGCCGAGUAUUUGAAGAGUUUCAAAUGCCAGCAAGCAAAAAUGAAGUCCCACUCCCUGGAACACAGGAGCCAGGAGCAACCUUUGUUACAGCCCAAACAGGACAUACUGGGUAUUCUCCCAGUGGGGAGCCCACUGACAUCCAGCAUCUCCUCUAGUAUCACCUCCAGUCUGGCUGCAACUCCACCAAGCCCUGCUGGCACCAGCAGCAUACCAGGCAUGAAUGCCAAUGCCCUUCCUUUCUACCCAACCAGUGACACCGUUGAGUCUGUCAUAGAGUCUGCCUUGGAUGACCUGGACCUGAAUGAAUUCGGAGUGGCUGCCCUGGAGAAGACAUUUGACAGCAGCACAGUGCCCCACACGAGUGGCAUCAUGAUAGGUGGGAGUUUGCUGCAAAGUUCUGCUCCUGUAAAUAUCCCCGGGUCCCUUGGAAGCUCAGCCUCCUUUCACUCUGCCUCUCCUUCUCCACCGGUCAGCCUCUCAUCGCAUUUCCUUCAUCAGCCCCAGGGACACUUAAGCCAAUCAGAAAACACAUUCCUGGGGACAUCAGCUUCUCAUGGAUCAUUAGGUUUAAAUGGGAUGAACAACAGCAUAUGGGAGCACUUUGCUUCAGGGAGUUUUUCGCCCAGUACCUCACCUGCAUUUCUGUCAGGUCCAGGUGCUGCGGAGCUGGCACGGCUACGGCAAGAGCUGGAUGAAGCCAACGGCACAAUAAAGCAGUGGGAAGAGUCCUGGAAACAAGCCAAACAGGCUUGUGAUGCUUGGAAAAAGGAGGCAGAGGAAGCAAACGAUCGUGCCAACACAGCUAACAUGGAAUGUGAACUGGCCCGGGAGCAGAGGGAAGCCCUGGAGCUGCAAGUGAAGAAACUGCAGGAGGAGCUGGAGAGGAUCCACACAGGCCAGGACCCUCAGUUUCUGCGCUCCUUCUCUGACCUGGAAACUCUGUCUCUCUCUUCCCUUUAUACCCUUCAGAAGCAGUUGCGGGCAAACCUGGAGAAAGUGGACAAGGCGGUAUUUCAGAUGCAGUCAGUGAAAUGCCUUAAGUGUCAGGAGGAGAACCGGGUGGUGUUACCGUGCCAACACGCGGUGCUGUGCGAGACCUGCGCCGAGCAGGGGGAGUGCCCCAUCUGCCAGCCCAACAGGCCCCUCUCCCUCCAGUCGUGACCUUCCAAGGACACUUCUUCUAAUCAUAUCGUAUAGAACUUUUUAACUUUAUACAUACGUACAUAUAUAUGUAUGUGUACAUAUAUAUAUGUAUGUGUAGAUAUAUAUAUGUAUAUACGUGUGCGUAUGUGCGUGGCUGUGUAUGUGUUUCUACAUGCACACACAUGCACAUACACACAUAAAACAAAAAUUAGUUGCAGAGCACUUUUUAAUAUUUUACAUCCCGUAUCUAAACUGCCCCUCACCCGUCUCCCACUAAUUCUAACUCUUGAGGAACUUUGAGAGCUGUUUUUAAUACAGAUCAAAGGGCCAUUUGCAAAGAGUCUUCUGUUUCUCCUCUUUUCUAUUUAGGUGAUAACAAAUUUUUGACUAUUUCCAGAAGGAUUUAGAGUGGGCAAGAGGGGCUUCCAUGUGCUUUCCAGAGGAAGAGUUGAGAUCACAGGGAGGAUCGAGGUGGAUUGCAAUGACUUGUUGAUGUCUUCAGUCUCCCUGCUCUCUCCCUGACCCAGCCUGGUUAACACUGUCCUCCCUGAUGGGAGCUCCACUGGGUGCCUGCCUGGUGGGCUUCACGUUGCCCAUCUCUGAAUGUGCAGGAACUUUGUCUGUCAUUUAAUCAGCAAAGUUCACUUUUUAAAUUUUUUUUACGCUCUUUGUAUAUUUAUAUGAAAAGAAGAAAAGAUGCGGAAAAAAAAAAAUAAAAUCACAAUUAUUGGACCUAGAGCAAGCCAAGCCCCAAAAUUUAGUGACUGGUGUUCAUUGCUGAUACAGCUAAUGUGUUUCAGGUCUGAGCAGCCUUAGAAGUAUUGCCCUUGAGUCAGCUAAAGCCCUUUAGGAAAGAAAUACGGAUGCAGAGGUUGGUUCUCUCCAGGCAGCCUUUGUCUGGUGGCUGCCCAGAAGCUCUUUACUGUUUCAGACCAGAUCAAUUUUGGUUUAACCACAGGGACCUGGUUCAUAGUCACUGCUGAAAUGCAUGAAACAGUUCCAGGUAGUUUGAGGAUGAUUUUGUUGAACAGAGUAGAUGUUUCCUGUGUCAGCACCUCAAGGAUGGCUUGUGGACUUCUAGAUCCAGAAGCCUUUGAGCUAGAGCCUCACAUGUGCCCGUGGUGACACAAAGUUCAGUGUGACAAAGAAAUGCCACCAGCUUAGACCAGUAGCUGAGCUGUCCUGUGACCUCCUUAACCAGUGUGCCCACUGGAUUUUUUACAUCAGGUGGAUUGCAGUAACCUGCUGGGAUCUCAACCAAAAGGCCUCUCAGUUGACUAAACAGUUUUAUUUUGCAUGGGAAUGCUGCCUGUGCCACCCUUCCCUGACCUGGAAAAGCACUGGAACCUCCAGCAGCCCACUGGUGUAGGAAAACUGAAUUCUCACCAGAGCCUCUCAGAAAGCUUCAUAUUUAAUGCAGAGACAUAAUUAGGUUUGCUUCCAUAAUUCCACCCUUCCUUUACAUGGAAGGGAUUAAUAUGCAUUCCCAGAUGAUCUCUUAAGUGCAGCUCUGUGUAGUUCUUUUUUAUGUUUUUCCCAUUAACUUUGUUUUGGGUUUUUUUGGUAAAAAUGCUCUUUUUUUUUUUUUUCCAUGUGUAUUUUAUUGUAACUAGCAUCAGUUUUUUUAAUAUUUUUUUUUUCUAUGGAGAGACACUGUUGAGUGACUAUUGUGGCUAUGUUGUUUGGUUAUAGCCUUUGAAUGUCUGUGCCAUGGGGCAGCACAUCUGCCUUGGUCUGAUCUUAAGGAAAGACCUUUUAUUAAAAUACGUGAACGUUUCUUUUUUUAGGAAAAAUAAAAAGGAAAAAAAAAAAAAAUAAAAAGAAGUUGGGGGAAGAGGAAAAAGCCCAAUUAAGAGAAAAAAAAUUGCUAAAAAGCUUUUGUAACUAACUUAAAUCAUAGGAAAUAAACUCUUCAAUCAGGUCUUUAAUAUUUAUAAGAACCAGAGCUGAUCAGCCUGUUUUGGCUAUUGGUUUGUAACACUUUUUAUUACCAGGGUGGUUUAUCUGCUCCCCAGCCUCCCUGUGGGGCUGUUGAGGGUGAUGCUGCCUGUGGCCAGCCCUCUUUUUCCAGACCUGCCCAGCACACCCAGCUGCAUGACUGCAUCCCAUUCCCACAGGGGCUCUUCACUUUGUCCCCUCUCCUCAGCUGGAAUUGUCCCCUGGUGCCAGCUCUGGCUGCCUCAGUGGGACUUCAGUGGGGUCGUGCUGCAGGGCUGCCUGGCAAGGGGGAAGAGAGAUUUGCCCCCAGUUUCUGGGGUGGGGGGAGGGGGCACACUGCUUAGGCAGGGGGUACAAGGAAAAUUCCAGGCCAGAGAAAACAUGUUUGGUUUGUUGUUUUGUUUUUUUUUCCUUUUGAGUAAAACAGUUUCUCUGUUUUAAAACUUCUACUGAAGGACCAAAGAAUUCAAAACUUCCCCCCCCCCCCUCCCCUUUCUGGCCUUUACAAUUUAACUUUCCAUUGCCACACUGCACUCAUGGCAGAACAGCCUGAAGGAAUUAGCACUAGCCCUGGGAUGUCAAGUCCCCUUCCCUGCCCCCAGCCCAACUUUUCUCAGCACUCUCUUUGCACAAGCACAUAGACUCUUUCUCUCUUUUCUCUGGGUCUUUAAGAAACACUUCCUAAAUUUAGGUUUCUAUUAAUUUGUUUGCUGCUUUCAAAACAAAAACAGAAAUAAUUUGAAAUGUGAAUUAUUUUCUUAAGCAUCAGAUGGAAAAGGGAACUUCAUCUUGGAGUAUUUUGUGAGUAUUUGGGGGGGGGCCACUUUAUGUGACAAUUUCAUAACUGAGUGAGGUGAGAGCAGAGGGAAAGGGCAGCAUUUCUGCCCCACUCCAGCACUUGUUCCUGCCUGAGGCAGGAGGGAUGACCCAUAAUCACAGCACUGUGUUUCAGGCUAAAGAGUCUGUGGUCAGCUUCUAUAUGGUGUUAAAAAAAAAUAAUAGGAGAGUCUUGUUGAGAUAAACCUGGUGCUAAUGUGUACAGCCCCUGUAACCUACUGUCCUGCUUCCUUCUGAAGCAGGAACUCCCUUUUACAGGACACACAGAAACACAUCAGAACUAAGGGGGCUUUUUUUUCUUUUUGGCUGAGUCACAUUUCAAAAUGAUAUUUUCAUCCAGAAGGCUUCUCUGAGCAGCCCAGCUGGCUGUCACUGAACUGCUGUGAACAUGCCUGGGUCCUGCCUCUUUGUGCAGACUCCUCAUUGGAUAAUGACAUUUUUCCUCCCCCAGUUUAUUUGUUGAGCUUUGGAUGCAUUCACCUCGGUGACUGUUGGUGCAGGUUGGAAAGUUCUGAGCUAAGGAGCUGGGGGAAGGGAGUCUUAAUUGUGUUGUGAAAACCACAGGAUCUUAAAAGGUCAAGAAACUUUGACAUUAUUAUGGAAAAACAAUAUAGAAGCAGAUGUCUUAAGACAACACUGUCCUGGGUAGGUAGAUACCAAAAAGCAAGGCUAGAGCUGUAGAUGACAGGCCAGGAGCUGAAGAAUUUUGGCAUUGCUUUGGGCUAAGCAGGACCACGUUUAGAUCAUCUCCAGCCUUAGGUCACGUAGCCACGUGCCAACUGUGGCACAGGAGGGAUGGGGGGAAAAGUCUGGGAGCAGGAGCAAAACCUUUUCCUUGAGCAGACCCCGCCCCCCCAGAGGGGCUCACUGCAGCUGAACCCUGCCCAAGGGUUUGACACUUCCCGUACAUCUCUGAAGCUGAACCUGAGCCACUUGGCAAGGCUUGUGCAGCUGAGACAACGAGGAGAAGUCCUUCCCCUGUGAGGAAGCCCCUAAAUGCUGAACAGAUUCAUUGCUGUGCCACCAGCCUCCAAACCUCUUUUUCUCCUUCCCCCACCCUAAGAAGGAAGAAUAUUAUCAGUGGUUUUAUUUUUCCUCCAGAAUUAUAAGAAUCCUUGGAGCAACGGCCAACAGCAAAAUAGAUGUUACUGAUGUAAAAUCUAGUAUUUUAAAGGUGAAAUAUUCCUGCAAACCAGUGACUGCAUCGGAGAGGUUUCUGGGGCUUCCCCCCACUCCGUGGCUUCCACUGUUAAAAGAAAGACAAUAUACUUUAAAAAAAAAAUAUAAUAACACACUGCAGUAUUUCUGGUGGCAAUUCUUGGCCAGUCCCUUCCCUGCUCUCCCCCAGGAGGAAGGGCACUGGGCAGAAGAGCCCCCUAGUCCGUGUAGAAGUUGGCAGAAUGGUGAUGAUGGUGUGUAAAACGUGUUGUUGAUUCCAUGUAUAGAACUGUGAUUUCAGCUGUCGUUCUCUCGUGCUCUGUAAAUAUGUGUUUUGGCUGUCAGAAACCUGGUUUAGACUCUUUUCUUGGCAGAGUGAAUUUGCAUGUGGGGCUGGAAAGAACUCAAAUCUGUGUCACAGUUUCCAAGGGCAGGAUGGAUUUUUUUUUUCUUUUUUUUUUUAGAGGACAAUAAAUUUUUAUUUUUUUGCUAAGAAAUAUAUAUAUAUAUAUUAAA